CAGGUGCUGGAUCAGGGGCUGAAGGCUCGUCCCUGUUGAUUCCGGGGCACGCAGAACUUUUAUCCUUUUCAAUUUCGUUUUUCUUCGCCGAGUACUUUUGAGGGAUUUAAAUUUCUGUUUGCUGCCGAGCCAACAGCGAAACAACAACCGUGGGAGCGGCAGCAUCGAGUUGCUGGCGACCAGCCGUCAUGAAGGAAAGGAAGAAGAGCCGUAGAGAUGCGACAACAAAACUUGAACAACCCGAACCAUCGAGAAUCGUCAACUCGCAGGGAGUCCAACUGAACGUGGAUGCCCAGUCCCAUGGGGAAGAUGAUCAGGCUGCACCAUUUAUCCUAGUGGACUGUGCGGCAUCUAGAGAUCGUUCGGAGCUGGAAAAAGUCCUAAGCCAAAUCGAAAGGGAGCGGAUGAAAAAGGUCCAGGCAGAUAUAGAGAGUAACUGUUUCCCCCUGCUAGAGGACAUAGAACCACCUCCAGAAUUAGAUAUGCCCAUUAACCUAAGUUCACAGGCAUUGGCUAAACAGAAAGAUGCAGAGGAUGAGCGCCGCUUCAGGGAGGAUCUGGAGAGCCUUCGCAUUGCUGGAGUGGAGGGCGAGGAGCCAGAUGCCUCCAUUAGCGUUGCCAACACCACUAAUCCCCAGUUCAAGUCCCUGUCCGACAUGACAAUAGAAGACAGCCAACUAUUGCUUCAGACUAUGGCCAGAAUGGGCCAGAUGCGCUGCAAGCUGGAGCAGCGCAAAAAUGUGCACUAUAAAAGUGGGUCAGCAGAAUCGGCUCCACAGGUAAAUGGCACAAGCUUGAUUCCCCUUCCAGCCCUCCGCCGGCAGGGCACCUUCGAAAUUAAACGCAAAAAGGAUGAAAAGUUGGGCCAUCCUGAGGUUUCCACUGGCCCAGCAGUGAGCCAAAAGGAAAAUUUGCCAUUAACUUGCAAGGGGGGAAAAAACGAGAGAGUUAUUUCAGAGGCUGACAAGAUUUUCAGCCAGAUUGGCGAUCUCCUCGUGCAGCUGCAGCUCCAACACGAGGGCACUAAAGUCCUGGACAAGGGCUCCUCUUAUUCCUACAUGGUGACCAUCAAGCCAGAUGGACAUGCCUCCAAUUGUUCUGUUUAUGCAAUUACAAAACUGAAGUCCCACGAAGUAAAGAAGGUGCAUGCCGAAAAUCUGAAGAGCUCACACGCUCCACUGAUCAACAUUUUAUCCCCUGGUAAUGGAAUACUAGCAGAAGCUUCCCAGUUGUCCACCAGCACACAAUGUAUCGAUGGAAGCUCCCUUGGGCCGAGGUCCCUUCACGAAACGCCAGCCUCCAGGAUCAAACCAGCUUUUUCGCGCAAGAGGCCCUGUUCCCAUCUAAGGGUUUCUACCCCGGUGAGAUUUUGUCAUGGCAGGAAGAAAAACUAGGUCGGUUGGCAACAGCUCCAUAAAUCAUUUGAAGGCAUUUAAUUUCUAGCAAAAAAUAGUUAUAUAGUGAGUUAAGAACAGCCGUACAUUAUGGAAUGUCAAUGUUAAAAAUUCAAAUGUUGCCAAAUAAUAUAUCAGUUGCCAUAAUCUAAGGAACGGACAAGUCUACCAACGCAUAGAAAAUGAUUUAAGGAGUGCAGGCUUUAAUAUAAAAUACUCUGUG